ACUGGGAGUAGAGAUGAAAAUUAAACUAUUCCGUCUUAAUUGUUAACGAGAAGCGAUACAAAUGUUACGUGCAGUGUAAAUCGCCAAUUCGAUAAAUGGCGCUAGAACUCGAAUUUCAGUAUUCCGAUACCCAGUACGAAAUCCUAAAUGAGGUUUGCCUUGGAAAAAUCCUAUCAUCCCUAUCAGAAUCAUUUUUGCUUUUGUCUCGGAAAGAAAAUUUAUCAGUUCUCCAGAAGAGCGUUCAUGGUCGUAACUCGGUUGUUCUGUUACUUUGCUACAGAUAACUUCUUGACCAUGAAGACCGGGGGAAGAUAGUAUGAUGUAAUCUCUACACAGCCAGAGGAAACAGCACUCUUUUGUCUCAGCUGUGUGAUGGUGUGAAAGAGCGCCCCUGCCCCCCCAGCGUUAAAAAACCUCCUCUUCCAGCAUAAUCAGGACGUAGUGGACACAAUCCUCCCCAUUUGGCAAAGCCUCUGCAUCUCUACACUCACACACACACUCGCACACACACACACACACACACACACACACACACAAAGAGAGACAGACCGGGGGGUGGAGUUUACUCCUUUCAGAGUGCCUCCAUCUUUUACAAAUGGGCCCAGGCUCUCUGCUGCCAAGCACCACCAGGAUGACAUCAUCACACCCGGCUAACACAAUGGAGCGCUUCAUCUCCUGAGGGCUUGCUCAGGGGUCGCAUCACUGCACCGGACCGAGUGAGGAGGGGGGGGGGGGGCGUAAUGUCAGAGCGUCCUGUGGCGGGGAGCAGACUAGGAGGGGUGCGGACCAUGGGGGCGGAGGCUCUGGUGGCCCUCCUGGAGGGGGGGCUGGACCACGUGUUGCUGAUUGACAGCCGACCCUUCGUGGACUACAAUGCCUCACAUAUCCUGGAGGCCGUCAACGUCAACUGCUCCAAGCUGAUGAAGCGGAGGCUGCAGCAGGACAAGGUGCAGAUCACAGAGCUGCUGCAACACUCAGCCCGGAGCAAGGUUGAGCUGCAGAUGGAGCAAGAGGUGGUAGUGUAUGACCAGAGUUCUGCAGACCCUGCAUCUCUGUCCUCAGAGGCCUUCCUCUCCGUCCUGCUGGCUAAGCUGGAGAAGAACUUCUCCUCCGUGCACCUUCUCUCAGGGGGGUUCGCGCAGUUCUCCCACCUGUUCCCGGGCUUGUGUGAGGGCAGGUCUGUGCUGGUGCCGUCCUGCAUCUCCCAGCCCUGCCUACCAGUCGCCAAUGUGGGCCCCACCCGCAUCCUGCCCCACCUGUACCUGGGCUGCCAGCGCGAUGUGCUCAACAAGGAUCUAAUGCAGCAGAAUGGCAUUGCCUAUGUCCUCAAUGCCAGCAACACCUGCCCCAAACCCGACUUCAUCCCCGAAUCCCACUUCCUUCGUGUGCCUGUCAAUGACAGCUUCUGUGAGAAGAUCUUGCCCUGGCUUGACAAGUCUGUGGAGUUUAUAGAGAGAGCCAAGGCCUCCAAUGCCAGGGUCCUGGUCCACUGCCUGGCUGGAAUCUCCCGCUCUGCCACCAUUGCCAUUGCCUACAUCAUGAAGAGGAUGGACAUGUCUCUGGAUGAAGCCUACAGGUUUGUGAAGGAGAAAAGACCGACCAUAUCCCCUAACUUUAACUUUCUGGGCCAGCUCCUGGACUUUGAGAAGAAGAUCAAGACUCCCCCGGGACCCAUGGGAGCCAUCGCCAAACUGACGCUGCUGCACCCUGCUGGGCAGGAGGAGGGGGUGAACCUCAGCACCUUAGAGACCGCUGUGGGCCCUGCCCCUCUGCAGCUUCCAGUCCCCAGUCAUAUCAGUGGGGAACGUGUAGAGGCGUGUCCCCUGGCACGAGGGCUGGAUAGCCUGUGUCUGGGCGGGGCUGAGGGCGGGGAGGAAAGCGUCCGGCUCAAGCGCUCCUUCUCCCUGGAUAUCAAGUCCCGUGGCGGGAGCAGUGGCCACGCCCCUGAGGGGGUGGAGCACCACAAGGCCUCAGCCUUCAAGGAGACGGCCAGCAAGCCCUGCCAGUUCUCCCCUGUGGAGGAGGUGUCGGAGCAGUCCACUCCUGAGCACAGCCCUGACAAAGAGCAGGUGGAUACUCCCAGCGCUUCGCAGCCCCUGCCCAGUCCGCACCCCCACCCUUUGCACCGCAGUGGCAGCAUGGAGGACGGACCCCAAGCUGCCAGCUUCCUGUUGGGUCUGUCCAGCAGCCAGCAGCACCUGGCACGGCCAGGUGUAGGCCACACAGCCCUCAAGGGCUGGCACUCAGACAUCCUGGCACCAGCCGCCUCCUCCUCCUCCUCCUCCUCACUGGCCAGUGGCUGGUACCUCUCCUCUGACUCGGCCCGCAUCUACUCAGCCUCCGUCCUGUUUGGCGGCAGUGGGGCGGGCUUCCCGGCAGCGGUGCGGCGGCGGCAGAAGGGCAGUGACCGUGGUGACUCGCGGCGCAGCUGGCACGAGGAGAGCCCCUUCGAGAAGCAGCUGAAGCGGCGCAGCUGCCAAAUGGAGUUUGGUGACGGUGGCUCUGAGGGCCGGCACUCACGGGAGGAACUGGGCAAGGUGGGCAGCCAGUCCAGCUUCUCAGGCAGCAUGGAGAUCAUUGAAGUGUCCUGAGAGAGGCCAUGCCCCCUCAGCCCGCCCCCUCCAAGCUCAUCAAAUCAGAACGGUCAUGGUGGGGAAGCUCGGCUUCCUUUGGUCCAAUCUAAAUGAUCCUCCUGAAGACGCCUUGAGGAUUUGUCCAUUGAAGACUCUGGAUUGGCUGUUGAGCUACAUGCUUCAAGCAAUUUCCCCUGACCAGAAUUGACGUACUUAUGGCCUCAGCUCUGUACAUAGAAACUGUCACCUCAAAGAGGCAGCUGUGUGUUUCUGAAUAUAGGGGGGAAUAAGGGGAACGCACACCAGCUAACAAAGUUUAUUUUUCAACUGAAGACUGAGCCCUCUGUGUGCUCUGUUUGCUGACAUGCUUCCGCACUGGCAUGAUUAGUAGGUGAUAAGUUCAGACCCAGAGGUCCACCAAUGCACAGUGUAUACAAUCCAAGCACAAAACCGAACUUGACUUGAGACACAUAAGUGGCUUCCGAGGGUGCCUAAAGUAGCAAAACUCCAGUACCUCACAAGAUCCAAAUUAAGGGGUUUAUUUGCUUUUUUUUGGUUUUUGGUUUGUUGCUCUCCAAUGCGGAGCUCAUCAGUAAUCGCAAUCUCAGGUCUUACAAUUAACAGGAAGAAGAGAUGCCUACAGAAGGCCCCUGCGGCAAAGAGCUGAGGAUUUUUUUCAGCAUGGUGUGAAAUGGAUCAUUGAAACCCCUCUGUGCAGAAUUGGAGAGGGAGAGAAGGUUUUUGACAUUACUCGUUCAGACAUAAGAGUUGUUUAUGGAAGUGAUCAACUAGAGGAAGAGGCUGGAACUCUUGAUGAAAAAAACCCUUGUAGUGCAGCUGGCCAUGAUGGUCUCCUGGUGUCAACUUGGACUACAACGCUCAUACAUACAAUAGUGCGUGGGGUGCGUACCGAAAAUGGGCGCAACAAUGCAGUCGUUCACCAGGUUUGCUACCUUCCCAGUCUUCUCUGUAUUGUAAUAUUGCACUAUUGCCUUUUGCAAAAUCGUUUAAAGUGUUUCAACAGUUAGCUGUUUUGUUUUAAAAGCACUGGACAGCAGUUUCAAUCCAAACAAUAUUGCACUUCUGAUUGUGUGACAGGGAAAACAAAUUGCCAAACAAGUGCUUUCAGUAAUAUGGCAAGGACGUACAUUCUGUGUUUAUAGUCCUUGUGACUGCUUGCCUUUAAAUGUAGAGCAGACCCUUGGGUUCUAAUAACGAGAAUGAUUUCAUGGUAAAUCAGGAAAGCAUGUUGCAAAGACUGCUAACUGGACACUCAACUGGGGAAAUGGCACAUUAGCUGGAUUCGUAAGAUUUGUGUUGCAGAAACUUUAGUUUAAUUUCCAAGAAAACAAAAUUCCAUUCAUGUAAAGACACACCACCUCAAACAGUUACUAGAGAAGAACUUCAGGAUGAAAUUAACAAAAGUUUCAGUUUAAACACAUCAGGGCAAGGCUCAGUUCAGUGUGUUCAUUUUCUCUUUUUGUUUACAUCUACUACAGAAGGUUUUUGAGAUUUCAGCUUCCAGUUUGAAAAACCACCACACGAUGGUCAGAUGAGAUGAGCUUACAGAAAAAUUUGAGUUAAGCCACCUGUCCUGACAGCACGUUUGACAAAACGUUAGACCAACUGGCAGAUUAAGCAUGAUAAUACGCGGCGCUGGUAUCACUGGUAUAGCUCCUGCCUCCAGUAUGGCGUUCUCACACCAGCACAGCUAGUGAAAGUGUCAGCUUUCAGUAAGCCUCACAUUCAUAAGAGCGCACAUAGUUUUGUUGCAGUGAAGUGCCUCCAAAACACUGCUGAAGAUGGGGCCUCUCUAUAAUCCCAUUGCUGAAGCUGAGAUGGGGUUUUCCAUAGUCCCAGUGCUGAAGCUGAGAUGGGGCUCUCCAUAGUCCCAGUGCUGAAGCUGAGAUGGGUCCUCUCCAUAGUCCCAGUACUGAAUCUGAGAUGAGGCCUCUCCAUAGUUCCAGUGCUGAAAGUCUGACCGGAAUCUCUGUUGCAGAAUGUCUGCUCUGCACAAUCUGUUGUGGAUUUGAUGGGCUCAGUUCAGUGGCAAACUCUCAGCGACUGGACAAGAUGAAGUAGUGAGUGGGGUUUUGGAUUAAGCAAGAUUGACAAACACAUGAAGAAAGGAAGGUGGUUGUGAAUUUGAGAAGCGAGCAGUGACAUCACCCCAAUUCCAUACAGCUUCAAAUCCUCUCGCACCUUUUAGGUUAACAUGUGACACAAAUAUAUUUAUCUCUUUUUGUUUUAUCUGUUUUCUUUAUAAGAGGUGAGAUGAAUGGAAAACAGGUGCAUUAGUUUGAAGAACGUUUCUUUUAAGUCUCCAAAGCUGUGAAAAUGUAUGUAAUAUCUUUGGUGCAUAUGCAGUAGCAGGUAUUGCGGUUUGAAUCGGGCAAGGAGUUAAUUACAGGCAACAGGGAAAGAUCUGUUACAUGAAAUCAGAUGACUGUUUAAUCACUGCUGGGUUAUAUCCACAGUUUAUUUUCUUCACUCAGUCAAUGUAGCCAAAUUCAAAUCAAUUGAUUCAUUAAACAGAUAAUCAAGCAGGUUUCUGGGAACAAACAGAACAACACAGUACUAGAUUCAAGAUGGUACCUUUUGAAGAAGAGUGAACGUAGGCCUGUUGUAUUUUUGAGAACAUAGUUUGCUUUCAUUUUGGCAGUGUGCACAUUUUUAAUAUUUUAUGAAGUUGUAAUAAGCAUAGAUGUAUGUUGACUGUUGAAA